UUUUUCUGAAGCUGUGAAAUUCCACUUCAGGUUUGACUCACCAACAUAAUGGGUCUGGUGCUCUUGAUCUAACUCAUUUACAAAACUUGGUUGCUUCCAUGAAUGAUGCUGCCAUUCAGACAAAUGACGUCAAAUAUAAGAACAGAAAAUGUUUGCCCUAGGUGGGAUAUUGUAAAGCCAGCAAGUACCAACAAAUUUGAGAAUGAAAAGAACACUAAGCAUAGAACAUCUUUCCACUGUAUGCAGCACCGCUGUUGUCAUUGUUCAUGUGUGUCAGGUUUAUUCUGCUGAACAUGUGAGUUGCAUGUGUACUGCAGGAGGCUAAAUGUGCCUUUGUGGUCAUCCUGAUGGCUGUAUACUGGUGUACAGACUGUGUGCCAUUGGCUGUGACUGCCCUCCUUCCCAUCAUCUUCUUCCCCUUAAUGGGAAUCAUGAAGUCUGAACAGGUCUGUCUCCUGUAUGUCAAUGACGCUUCCAUGUUGGGAUUAGGUGGGCUGGUAGUGGCUAUAGCUGUGGAGUACUGGAACCUCCACAAACGCCUCACUCUGUGCAUACUCAUGCUGGUGGGGGUGAGACCAGCACUACUGAUGGCGGGGUUCAUGAGCAUCGCUGCCUUCCUCUCCAUGUUCAUCUCGAGUAUCGCCAGUGUGACUAUGAUGCUGCCCAUCAUCCAUGAUGUGUUGGAGUACUGUAGAAAGACUGAGGAUGCAGCCAAGGAUUGGGAGCAGCAGCAAAGUGCACCCACUCAGUCUUUGCGCAUGAGGGUGGCCAAGCAGGACAUCCAGUUCAUCAAGCUGGAGCCAAGCCCUGAGGAGGUCUUUAGAGCUGAGCAGAGGAUGCUGAGGCACCAGCAGAAUAACUUGAACCUCACCAAAGGAAUGAGCCUGAGCAUGUGCUACGCCGCCAGCAUCGGCGGCACCGCCACCCUCACCGGGGCCAUCCCCAACCUCUUGCUCAAAAACCAGAUUGACAAACUGUUUCCUGAGAAUGGGGAUGUGAUCAACUACACCAGCUGGUUUAAGUUCUCCUUCUUAAACAUGUUGCUCAUGCUGGCCACCUCUUACUUAUGGCUGCACUUCAUGUACUGGGGGUUCAAUGUGAAAAAAUCAUUUGGCUGUGGAACAAACGGCAACAGCAGGCAAGCGGCACAUCAGCUCAUGAGGACUGAAUACAGGAAGCUGGGCAGCUUUAGCUUUGCGGAGGGCUGCGUGGUGGUCCUCUUUCUCCUACUCGUAGUGCUCUGGUUCACCCGUGACCCAGGCUUCAUGCCUGGCUGGGCCGAACUGCUUUUCAACCAGGAAAGAAAAAAGGCCUUCAUUGAGGGCUCCCAAGACUUUGCUCUCCUGGGGCAUGGUGCAGAAGAAGUUACCAUGGAACCUCUUGCUGCUGUUAGGGGGCACCUUCGCAUUGGCCAGAGGCAUCCAGGAAUACAUAUGGUAUAUAUGAUAUGUAUGAUAUUUAUGCAUAUGAUAUGUAUGUCUUGCCUAUUGCUGCAUGGCCAGGCCACCACCAUUGGGCUGCACCCGCUGUACCUCAUGGUCCCGCCCACCAUCUGCAUCUCCUUCACCUUCAUGUUCCCAGUGGCCACUCCCACCAAUUCCAUCACAUUCACCUACACCAACCUGAAGAUCAUGGACAUGGUCAAGCCCGGAUUUGUGCUGAACAUACUCGGGAUCCUGUGCACCAACCUUGCCAUCCACACUUGGGGUGUAGCGAUAUUCCAGCUGAACGAAUUCCCCGCAUGGGCCAAAUUCAAUAGCUCCUCCACGGCUUUGCCACUCACCUCAGUGCCUCCAACAGUUCCUCUCUGA